AUGUCCUCACAUCCACAACAACAACAUGCUCAGUUUGGACACGCAGAAUCUUUAGCAUUUAGUGCCGCUUCAGCAGUUGUAGAUGAGACGCGACAAGAAUCUGCCAAUACUUCACCGUCUCAGUGGGGUAAUGACAGUUUUACGAGCAAUCAAAUAGAGAGCCAUGCUCCUCAACACUGGAACCAACAAUCCUAUGAUCAGAAUCAUCAUCAUCACCAUGCAUACAACAGCCACAGCGCGAGCAACAUAUGGUCGAAUGAUACCGAUUCUCUGUACUCUGGUGUGUCAACGAAUCCAAACAAUUCAUUCUCGGCGGGGACUACUGCAUCACUGGACAGCAGCAGGUGGUAUGGGAAAGCAAAUGUGAUGGAGGCUACUCCGAACAAUGAUUAUCUAACUGGAUCGAUGAAUCGAAUGCACAUAUCUUCUGGAUACAACAGCAACAACAACUAUCAUAUGCAUGCGCAGGAAGCUAGUGAUGGCAUGACCAUGUCCAUGAACUUGGGACCAUCAUCAAGUAACAGCAUUCCUGGACUCAUUGGCGCCAGCUCUGGAUCAACGAGUGCUACCAGCUCAAGAACGUGGAACAACAUGAAUAACCCAUAUUCACAUCAGGGUCAGCAAAAGCAACAACAGCAACAACAGCAACAACAACAUAUGCAUUACCAGCAUCAUAUGCAGUACCAGCACCAACACGAAGGAGCGCACAAUAUGCAUGAGCCUCAACAUAGUAUGGUUUCAUUACCACCUGGGUUUCUUUCUCCAAUAUCCACUGCGAACACACAUGUGGAAGAAGAUCGACAUUUUCAGAAAAGGACACCAUCUAAACGGAGGACGAAUCGAGGAGGAAGACGGGGAUAUCAAGAUCAGGGUAGUAAGCAGAACUUGAAGGGAAAACCAAGUUCUCAGCCUCGUGAUGAUGAUACUGCAUUCUCUGGUUUUACGCAGGGCGAUGCCGAUGCAACCGUCUCUUCUAAAGCAAGUUCAGAGGCGAUUCGAAUGCUCAUGGAACAACCUUCGUCUGUCUCCAGUCAGCAUUCAAUCUUGAACGCCAACCGGCUGUCCAUGGAAAAAGUGGCUGAAGAAUCAUAUACGCCCCAACAAGAUCCUUCCUUUAAGCGCCCCAUCCUACCGGCAAUGGAAGACGUGUAUGGAAUCUCACUCGAUCCCACCAACGAUGACGACGAUGAGGAAGACUUUGGGGAUGACAGAAACUCGGCAGCUUCCAAGAAGCGCGAUUGGUUGUUGCGUAUGAAUCGACGCAUGGCAGAAACGGAGGUGGGGACAUUGGAUCCCUCCACCAUUCCCAUUGCCGCGGUGAUGAAUGCUUGGGCCAAAACCAAAUCUGCUCAGGGAGCUACCAUGGUGGAGACUUGGCUGAAACGGGCGCAAGAAGAGUAUGUUGCUGGAAAUACUAGAAUCAUGCCAACCACCAAGAUGUACACGAUGGCUGUCGAUGCAUGGGCAAAGAGUGGCGAAGGUGUCAGUGCCGCACAAAGGGCAGAGGAAAUACUUCAAGAAAUGAAUCGGAUCUACCAACAAACUGGUCAAGAGAAUCUGAAACCAACCACAGGUAUUUUCAACGCAGUAAUCAAUGCUUGGGCGAGAUCAAGAGAAAAGAUGGCACCGUCUCGGGCUGAGCAAAUAUUGCAGUGGAUGCAUACUUUACACGAAAGCAACCCAACGAUACAACCUGACAAGUAUACCUUCAAUACAGUGAUCCAUGCCUACGCAAAAUCUGGAGGAACGGUGGCUGCUACCAAAGCGCAGGAAUUGCUGACCACCAUGCACUCGAUGUACGAGAAUGGCAAUCGGCUCGCCAAACCCGACACCAUUACGUACAAUGUCGUCAUUAAUGCGUGGGCAAAAAGCGGUGGGAAAGGUGCAGAAUCCGAAGCUGAGAAGCUUCUAGCCAAAAUGCAUCGUCUGCACGAACAAGGAGACCCUGAUGUCAAGCCAAAUGUUGUCACGUAUGGGGCCGUCAUCGACGCGUACGCCAAAAGCGGUGAAGCCGGUGCGGCAUCGCGAGCAGACACUCUGUUGGCAAAUAUGAUUCAGUUACACCAGGCUGAUCCAGUGACGCAUGCAGACUUGAGGCCAAACACAUAUGUUUUUAACACUGUUAUCAACUGCUGGGCGAAGAGCGAUGAGCGAGAUGCCGCAUCCAAGGCAGAAGAAAUGCUCGUGGCUAUGGGUCGACUCCAUGGCUCUGGCAUGCCCAAUUUGAAGCCAGAUGCAUUUACCUACACAGCUGUCAUUGACGCAUGGGCCAAGAGUGGAUUUCGUGGAGCCGCCUCCAGAGCCGAUCAGCUUCUGGACAAGAUGGAAGCGAAAUAUCUCGCUGGUGACAUGGACUUGAAGCCCAACACAUUCACUUACAACGCUGUUAUCAAUGCUCUUGCAAAGAGUGGGGAGGCAGGGGCCGCUGCCCGUGCCGAGCGAGUUCUUCAAAACAUGGUCAACAGACACCGUCAUGGAGCAAACAGCGAUGUUAAACCUACGACCAUCAACUUCAACACUGUCUUGGAUGCUUGGGCAAAGAGCGGCGGAGGUCGACAAGCAGCCGAACGAGCAGAAGAAAUUCUCGAAUGGAUGGAUCGUCUGAAUAGAGGUGGCAAUAAAGAUGUACGCCCAGAUACCAUCACAUUCAAUGCUGUUCUCGAUGCUUGGGCAAGAUCGGGGGAUCGAAUGGCACCAUACAGAGCCGAGCAGAUUCUUGAUCAUAUGGAUGAACUUUAUCGGGCAGGCAACAAAGGGGUGAAGCCUGACACUUACACAUACAAUACAUUAAUCAAUGCUUGGGCCAAGUGCCCAGAUAAGGGAUCUGCUGAGAGAGCCGAACAUGUGCUGAGAGUGAUGGAUCAGCGAUUCCGUGAUGGGGAUAAGGAUUUUAAACCAAAUACCAGAACUCAUACCAGUGUCAUUGACGCUUGGGCAAAAUCGGGAGAGAGCGGUGCAGCAGUCAGGGCUGAACAGAUUCUAAACAACAUGAUCGCCAACUAUAAGAAGUCUGGUGACAACGAUGUGAAACCCAAUGUACAUACUUCUAAUGCUGUUUGCAAUGCUUGUGCGUUCACAAAAAUAGACGAGGAUCGCCCAGAAGCAUUGCGGAUUGCCUUUCGAGUAUUCGAAUGGCUAUCGUCACAGCAAGAUAUGUCGCCAGAUGCGUACACCUACACCAUCAUCCUGUCCGUUUGUUCCAACCUUCUUCCAAAAGACGACACUGCAACACGCUACGCUCAUGCCAAAGCCUUUUUUGAAAAGUGUUGCAAGGAAGGCUAUGUCAAUGAUUAUGUCCUUCGCAAACUUCGGCAGACGGUUACUGAAGAGGAGUACCUGGUCCUAACCAAGGGGUACAACAGUGGCAACAUUCCCCAGGCUUGGGGCCGUAGCGUCGGUCGACAUGCGAGAAAGAACAAGAACAACAAUCGGGGACGGAAGAAUGGUGGUGGUUGGUCACAAAAGCGCAAAGGAAGAUGA